UUCAUAACAUUUUUGUUCCAUUUGGCUAGAGGUCGCUUGAAACGUGCCAAGAUAAAAUGGGAAGCAUGAUGAAACUGUGCGUUGUCGUCGUAAUGGCGUGUGUUCUUUUCAUGUCCACGCUAACAAUGGCUGCAUCCACAAAGAAAACUGAGAAUAAAGACACUGGGAAGCCGUACAUGUCUACAAAGGGAGUCACGCGAGACAAUUGCGCGGGAUCCUUGGACAAUUUGAACGAAGACAAUGUGAUCGAGAUCAUGGAUGAACCUGCUGUGUACGAUUUCUACAGGGAAUGCAUCCUGGAGGAUAAUGUCACGAAAGCUCAAUGCAAUUGCCAAGGCUGGGAGUUUCGACGCAUCAUGAAUGGAUUGGUCGUGCCGAGUCUUUGUAGGAGGGAUAUUCAGUUGCCGUAUUGUCCAACUCCUGAGCAACGGAAGUUGGGACAAGACCUCAUGAAGCACUUGUCCAAGGUGGACAACACGACAUGGAAGAAAGUUUUGCGCAAAUACGGUGGCAAGGGAUCCACGAGGAAAUGAGUUUCGAUCUGACGAAAGUAAUAAAAUUAAAAUUGAAAUUGCUUGAUUUCCCGCAGCCGAAUAAAACGCAGCAAAGGGUGUUGGGCAAUACAAUUGUUUACUCGA